GUUCCUCACGCUGAAGACAAGGUCCCUCAAGCUGAGGACAAGGUUCCUCACGCUGAGGACAAGGUUCCUCACGCUGAGGAGAAGGUUCCUCACGCUGAGGACAAUGUUCCUCACGCUGAGGACAAGGUUCCUGACGCUGAGGACAAGGUUCGUCACGCUGUGGACAAGGUUCCGCACGCUGAGGACAAGGUGCCUGACGGUGAGGACAAGGUGCCUCACGCUGAGGGUAAGGUUCCUCACGCUCAGGACAAGGUUCCUCACGCUGAGGACAAGGUUCCUGACGCUGAGGACAAGGUUCGUCACGCUGUGGACCAGGGUUCCUCACGCUGAGGACAAGGUACCUCACACUGAGGACUAGGUUCCUCACGCUGAGGACAAGGUUCCUCACGCUGAGGACAAGGUUCCUCACGAUGAGGACAAGACUCCUCACGCGGAGGACAAGGUUUCUCACGGUGAGGACAAGGUACCUCACCAUGAGGACAAGGUUUCUUAUGCUGAGGACAAGGUUCCUCACGGUGAGGACAAGGUUCCUCACGCUGGGGACAAGGUUGCUCAAGCUGAGGAAAAGAUUCCUCUGAGGACAAGGUACCUCACACUGAGGACAAGGUUCCUCACGCUGAGGACAAGGUUCCUCACGUUGAGGACAAGGUUCCUCACGCUGAGGACAAGGUUCCUCACGCUGUGGACAAGGUUCCUCUCACGCUGAGGACAAGGUUCCUCACGCUGAGGACAAGGUUCCUCACGCUGAGGACAAGAUUCUUCACGCUGUGGUCAAGGUUCCUCACGCUGAGGACAAGGUUCCUCACGCUGAGGACAAGGUUCCUCAAGCUGAGGACAAGGUUCCUCACUCUGCGGACAAGGUACCUCACGCUGUGGAUAAGGUACCUCACACUGAGGACAAGGUACCUCACACUGAGGACAAGGUACCUCACGCUGAGGACAAGGUACCUCACGCUCCGGACAAGGUACCUCACGCUGUGGACAAGGUACCUCACACUGAGAAGAAGUUACCUCACACUGAAGACAAUGUACCUUACAGUGAGGACAAGGUACCUCACACUGAGGACAAGGUUCUUCACGCUGAGGACAAGGAUCCUCACGCUGAGUACAAGGUUCCUCACGUUGAGGACAAGGUUCCUCACGCUGAGGAGAAGGUUCCUCACGCUAAGGACAAUGUUCCUCACGCUGUGGACAAGGUUCCUCACGCUGAGGACAAGGUACCUCACACUGAGGACAAGGUUCCUCACCCUGAGGACAAGAUUCCUCACGCUGAGGACAAGGUUACUCACCCUGAAGACAAGGUUCCUCAUGGUGAGGACACGGUUCCUUAUGCUGAGGACAAGGAUCCUCACGCUGAGGACAAUGUUCCUCACACUGAGAACAAGGUCCCUCAAGCUGAGGACAAGGUUGCUCACGCUGAGGACAAGGUUCCUCACGCUGAGGACAAGGUUCCUCACGCUGAGGACAAGGUUCCUCGCGCUCCGGACAAGGUACCUCACGCUGUGGACAAGGUACCUCACACUGAGGACAAGGUCCCUCAAGCUGAGGACAAGGUUCCUCACGCUGAGGACAAGGUAACUCACACUGAGGACAAGGUAGCUCACACUGGGGACAAAGUAUAUCACACUGAGGACAAGGUUUCUCAUGCUGAGGACAUGGUAACUCAUACUGAGGAAAGAUUCCUCAGACUGAGGACAAAGUACCUCACGAUGAGGACAAGGUACCUCACACUGAGGACAAGGUUCCUCACGCUGAGGACAAGGUUUCUCACGCUGAGGACAAGGUACCUCACACUGAGGACGAGGUACCUCACACUCAGGACAAGGUUCCUCACGCUGAGGACAAGGUUCCUCAUGGUGAGGACAAGGUUCCUCACGCUGAGGAUAAGGUACCUCACUCUGAGGACAAGGUACCUCACACUAAGGAAAAGGUUCCAUACGCUGAGGACAAUGUUCCUCAAGCUGAGGACAAGGUACCUCACACUGAGGACAAGGUACCUCACACUGAGGACAAGGUUCCUCACGCUGCGGACAAGGUACCUCAUACUGAGGACAAGGUUCCUCACACUGACGACAAGAUUCCUCACGCUGAGGACUAGGUUCCUCAAGCUGAGGACAAUGUACCUCAUACUGAUUACAAGGUACCUCACAAUAAGGAAAAGGUUCCAUACGCUGACUCAAGGUUCGUCAAGCUGAGGACAAGGUACCUCACACAGAGGACAAGGUUCCUCACGCUGAGGACAAGGUUCCUCACGCUGAGGACAAGGUACCUCACACAGAGGACAAGGUACCUCACGCUAAGGAUAAGGUUCCUCACCCUGAUGACAAGGUUCCUCAUGGUGAGGACACAGUUCCUUAUGCUGAGGACAAGGUUCCUCACGCUGAGGACAAGGUUCCUCACGCUGAAGACAAGGUCCCUCAAGCUGAGGACAAGGUUCCUCACGCUGAGGACAAGGUUCCUCACGCUGAGGACAAGGUUCCUCACGCUGAGGACAAGGUUCCUCACGCUGAGGACAAGGUUCCUCACGCUGAGGACAAGGUUCCUCACGCUGAGGACAAGGUUCCUCACGCUGAAGACAAGGUUCCUCAUGCUGAGGACAAGGUUCCUCACGCUUAGGACAAGGUUCCUAACGCUGAGGACAAGGUUCCUAACAACGUUUCUAACGCUGAAGACAAGGUUACUCACGCUGAGGACAAGGUUCCUCAAGCUGAGGACUAGGUUCCUCAUGUUCUUCACGCUGAGGACAAGGUUCAUAACGCUGAGGACAAUGUUCCUCGCGCUGAGGACAAGGUUCCUCACGCUGAGGACAAGGUUCCUCACGCUGAAGACAAGGUACCUCACGCUGAGGACAAGGUUCCUCACGCUGAGGACAAGGUUCCUCACGCUGAGGAUAAGGUUCCUCACGCUGAGGUGGGGGGAAGGGGCAGUCCUCAAUAUAUCUUUAAAAUACUGACAAUUGAUUCAUUUUAAGCGGCUACAUUACCCCUGACAAACCGCCAAAAAUCGUAUUACCCAUAUACGCCUUCGCCCAUUUAGUUCUUCUAAAUUGUAAGCAAAUUAAUUGCAAAUUUCGACGUGCUAAAACUCUGUUUUCUGACCAUCAGAAUUCUGUCAAAACUUCCCCCAAAGUCCACGAAAUGGCAUUUCAGAGAAGUUUCUGUGCCGAACUGCACGCUUCUGUAAUAUGUCUGUGCGUAAAAUAUGAGUAUUUUUGUUUGUAAAUUGCGUUUUCAUUUUCCGAAUAGCAAACACCUUCGUGGCUUCGUAAGGCAUGAAAUAUUCGGAAAUUUUUUUUGUAAUUCUGAAAUUUUUGGCCUACACCCCCCCCCCCCAACUAUGCAUGCUUAGCUACGGCCGUGGGCUCACAACGCGCGAAAGCUCAUUUGAUAUGCAAAAUUUAUACUAAAUAUAUAUAUUAUAAUAUUUCGAAAUGUACUUUAAUUCUUCGUGCAUGCACAGAUGUUUUUAAUAGAGAGUUUUUUUUUCUUUCUUUUUAAUUAGUUUUACAAUAAGAAAUUGAAGGCACAGACAACGGGGCUAAUAAAGUCCCAAAUUAAGUCCUGCCAUACAUGAAAAUACUACACUAUACUAUGCUAUGCUAUACUAUAUUAUAAACUGUUAUAAAAUUAACAUAAUACAUAGCUUGGUACAUAUUUACGGUAUUACACAUAAUUACAUUGUACAAAAACUCUGAACAUGCACUUCUACGAACAACAAGAUAUAAAACAAGAAUGACAUUUAGAGCAAAACGUUUUCCAAGUCCUUGGCCUAUUAACAUCAAAACAUGAAUUAACUUUUUGAGUGUAGUGAUUAUAGAGUUUAAGUUUCAGUGACUGAAUAGAAAGAGAGAGGAUUUUAUUUCUCCUGGCAGGCUGUUCUAGAGUGGCACUAUCCUAUUGAAAAAUAGGUUUCGGGAAGAAGAUGUUCUGCAACGGUUUGGUCGGUAUGAAUCAGUAGAGCUAAAGCGAGUGUGAUGAUUAGUAGAAUUGUCUAGCAUAUAGUCUUCAAGUGUUAAGUCGUAAUAACCAGCUUUGCAUUUAUAAAAAAAACGUAAUAUCUUUUAUUUCGAACCAGUAUGAAAUAGGCAGUAGGUUAAGUUUCUUUAAACGGUUGGUGUAAGGUGAGUUGAAGUCUUGAAGGAUAUACUUGGUUGCUCGUCUUUGGACACUUCCAUGACAAAGAAGGUUCCUACAUGUUGUUUGGGGUGCCCAAAUUUCACUGCCAUAGCACCAGGUGUGUACGAACAAGUGUCAAAUAGAGAGAGCGUCGACAAUUUAUAUCAGUUAAAUAUGUGCAGUUACGCCGUAGAAAUCCAAGCAUGCGGUUUGCUUUGUUAAACAAUGUUAGAAAUAUGAGGCGACCAAAUAUACCAAAAUCCUUUUCAGUUGAUUGAAAAGGGAUCUGACUGGAGCAUGAAAAGUAAUUGCGAGACUCAAUUCAACGUUUCCGUGAAAAUCUUAUUCCAAUGUAAAGUAGCCAUACGUUUAGCCGACCAUAACUUCGGCCCCUUUGGACAUAUCUUAUUCGAACCGGAAUCCAAAACACUAUUUAGAGUGUUAUUCAGUGGCGUGGUGGCUGGGGGGGGGGGGCGGGGGGCCAUGCCCCCCCCAGCGAUGGUUUCAUGAGGGGCGCCGAAAUGCCAGUGGGGUGCUAAAAUUGCCAAGAAGUGCCUCCGGAUUAGUAUGAUCUAUUUUAGUAUGAUCAAUAUAUUACUCCCUAUUAUGAUAUGAUAUGAUAUAUUAUUAUGAUAUGACAUAUUAUUAUUAACUCCGGAUUAGUAUGAUCUAUUAAAGUUGACAUAUGUUGUGAUUAUUAAAAUUGUGAUGUUGAGACCCAACCGCAUCAGAACAUUCCAGACAUUUGAUAUUUGAUAUGUUACAUUAGACUGCUAGUGCUUUGUCACGCUUGCGUAAGCUUCACGUUUGCAUAAGCUUGAGCUAUAAAUAGCAUAACAAGUAAUUUCUGAUUAUAGACAUUGUAUAACAAUCUAAAAUAGCUUUAGACAAAACACUAUAUAAGGGCGGCUCGCUGAAAUAGAAACAUGUGUUAAAGUUAUUAUAUUCAAGACUCAAGAAGAACGUUUUAUAUGUACCAGUGAGACAAUCGUCUGGCCCUUUUCACGCCAAGGAGGCAAGGAUUGCUGGACUGUUGCUUCAGUGCUGAGCUGUGUGACUGUGUCUUAAGACAGAUAAAUCGGUUAGUAUUCUUAACAUAUAUUCUCUGUAUAUUGUUUAAAUAAAUACAUUUAGAAAACUAAGUUUCCUCAAUAAGCCUCUUGUUGCGGUGUUCGUAACAAAACAAGAUGAGUUAUAAAAUAUGAAUGAAGUUAUUUUAUAAUUAAUAUCAGGCUAUCAGCCAUCAGGAGUCAUGAUAUCAGAAAUCUGUGUUAAAACAAAAAAAAUUAAAUUGCCAUUUCCCUUUAAAUUAAACUUUUUUGAGCACAUUUUACUUUUGAAUACUACUAGUAAAAAUCUUGAUAUUGUGUGCCGUAUAUUAACUGCAACCUGCAUGAUAUUAUUAUUGCAAUAAUAUGAAAUAUAUUAUUCAAUCCACGACUAGCACGCAACAGUUAGAAUGGAAACCACCAACAAAAGCCAAAAACGAAAAAAAUCGGGCGCAGAGAACAAAAAGGCAAGGAAAGCAAGGAGGGAAGAAAACGAAAAACUUGGAUCGUUCAUGAAAAGCUAUUUCACAAAAUCAAGCAAAUCAUCAUAUGGAGACGAUGCUUCCAGUAAUGACCAAGAUGCUCUAAAUGCUGCAGGAGACAAAAAGAAGGAAAGCAAAGAUGUAAAAGAUGGUAUAGAAAAUGCAAGCCCAGACAAGCCAUGUGAUGUGGAUGACAAAAACGACGUAGAAGAUGAGGUCGAAGUGGUUCAAGAUCCUGUAAGUCUUCCAGAGUUUGAUAGCGGGCGCAAAGUUAGUGAAGGGAAAGUUCGGGACGACGAGAUGGACGUACAAGAAUCUGCAGUGUCUGGUGUAGCAACUGCAUCUGAGUUCGAUCCUGAUUCAUCUGCCGAAUUUAAUGACAGCAGAUUUCGCGAUAGAAUUACUGACUUUGAAACCGGACGUCCAGUUCUUAACGAAGCUUUGAAUACAUCAAUACAGAAUCGGGGCGAAGAAGACACAAUCAUCAUUGAACAGUGCAUGCUCCGGAGAAAUCCAGCUUUUGUAAAUGAUGGAGGGAAUGAAACCAAUGAUCCCGCGUUACUUGUUGGCAUGAAGUUCGGAAUAGAGGAUAAAGAAAAGCUUUGUAGAAAUGAACCAUGUCAGCCACCCGAAUCCGUUUUAUCUGAGAGAAAAAAGAAAAUUGGAGAACGUAACCGGUACUGCUCGCAGGCGGUAUUCUUUCACGAAGAUCAAACUUUCAUACUCGCUAAGUAA